UGAAGACCUAGCUUAUCUGGAUCUGAGAGUACAUAUGCUGGCGAUGCAACUUAAGCAGUCAUCGGCUCUGGAAGGAGUCAAUGUCCUUCCUUGCCGGGGCCAUUUCCUCGACAAGGCUAACCACCGGUACGGGCUUGUUUUCCAAUUCCCAGAGGGUACGCACACCUCGGCCCCCAUCACACUCCAAGCGCGGUUGGUGGAUGAUUUGCAGGCGAAACCUCGCGUUUACCGGGACUACGAGGAUCGUCUUCGAGCGGCACAUACACUUAUCAUAACGAUGUAUCAGCUGCUUUGUGCAAACUGGCUGCACAAGAAUUUAACUAGCGAAAAUAUUCUGAUAUUUGAAGACAGUCCUCACCCUUUCAACUUACCAGUCCCACAUAUCGGGGGCUUUGACUUUACCCGGCGCGAUGCUGAUCUUGAGAUAACUGAAUCAUUCGCGUCUCAUUACAAGACGGCUUACGCAUCAAUCGAGAAAAGGCUGUAUUGGCAUCCCGACAGAAAUGCAAGGUUUGAGAAGGAGCUGAGAGGAAAGGAUAGUUCUAGACCACCUCAGCCCACUGAGAAGUACCGUAGGCAAUAUGAUGUUUACAGCCUAGGCGUCGUUUUAUUGGAGAUAGGGCUUUGGUGUCCACUGAAGCGCAUAUGGAAAGACUGCGGAGAAGACUUUGACAAAUUCCUUUCGGAGCUGACAAACACAUAUACCCCGCAGCUAAGGGGACGAAUGGGCAGGGUGUAUGCGGAUAUCGUUCGGUGCUGCCUUGAAUAUGAUUUUGGGGGUGAUUUGGGGACACGUGUACCUGGGCUUGAAGAGGAUGCAGUGGAGCGACGAAGAUUUCUGGAACAGUUCAACACAUUGGUUGUUUGCAGGAUCGAACAGCUCGUGUAAGAUACAGAGCAAGUCUUGCAUGAUAUAUCACUCUCCUGACAGGCAUCAACACUUACAUUGAGGCCACAUAGAAACAAUGGUGCGAGCCUUGCUCCGAGGAGGAUAUGAAC